CUUCGCCUGGCACACAGCAAGUGCUCGGAAGGGUUGGUGGAAAGGGGCUCACAGCCCGAGUCCCCGGGAGCCAUCCUUUCUCCCCCGCACUCUGUAGAAGCCUGGGGGCCAUGCAGAGGCCCGGGGCAGGGGGCCGGAGGGCCUCGGACUGCGGCCCCGCCCCUCACCGGCCCAGGUGCAUCACCAAGUACGCCCAGUACGUGGGUUCCUUCCCCGUGGACGACCUGGAUACCCAGGAGGGUGUGUGGCUCGUACAACAACAGUUGUGGGCACUGAAGGAUUAUCCCCGACGUCGGGCCGUCAUCCUGAAAUUCAGCCUCCAGGGUCUUAAGAUCUACAGCGGGGAGGGCGAGGUGCUCCUGAUGGCUCAUGCUCUGAGGCGCAUCCUCUACUCCACCUGGUGCCCAGCUGACUGCCAGUUUGCCUUCAUGGCCCGAAAUCCCCAGAGCCCAGCCAGCAAGCUCUUUUGCCAUCUCUUCGUGGGCAGCCAGCCUGGAGAGGUCCAGAUCCUGCACCUGUUGCUCUGCCGUUCCUUCCAGCUUGCUUACCUCUUGCAGCACCCUGAGGAGCGGGCCCAGCCUGAGCCCGGCCUGGGGGCUGCAGGGGACAUGCCCCUGAAGCCACAGCCCAGCCCCGGGGGGCCCUCUGGCCUAGUGCGGGAACCCUUCAGCCGAGAUCAGCUCUCACAGAACGUUCAUGCACUGGUCUCCUUCAGGCGGCUGCCAGCAGAGGGGCCUGUGGGCAGCGGGAAGGAGCUACCAGAGUCAGAAGGCCGUGGGGGAGCCCGCCACGCCCGCCUGGGGAACCCUUACUGCUCGCCCACGCUGGUGCGCAAGAAGGCCAUUCGCAGCAAGGUGAUCCGCUCUGGGGCUUACCGUGGCUGCACCUACGAGACUCAGCUGCAGCUGUCAGCUCGGGAGGCCUUUCCUGCAGCUUGGGAGGCGUGGCCGCGGGGGCCUGGUGGCCCGGCGUGCCUGGUGGAGAACGAGGGCAGCCUGACGGAGAACAUCUGGGCCUUUGCUGGCAUCUCCAGGCCCAGCGCCCUCGCCCUGCUGCGGAGAGACGUGCUGGGCGCCUUCCUGCUGUGGCCCGAGCCGGGCGCCAGUGGCCAGUGGUGCCUGUCGGUGCGGACACAGUGCGGCGUGGUGCCCCACCAGGUCUUCCGCAACCACCUGGGCCGCUACUGCGUGGAGCACCUGCCUGCCGAGUUUGCCAGCCUGGAGGCCCUGGUGGAACACCAUGCUGGAACCGAGCGCAGCCUCUUCUGCUCCCUGGACAUGGGCCGUCUGAACCCCAGCUAUGAAGAGCAGGACUGUGGGUCUGAGGGCAGACCUCCCCGGACAUUGCGGCCCCUGAGCCACGCCAAGUCCGAGGCAGAGCUGCAGGGCCUGGGCUAAGAGGUAGCCCACUAGCCCUACCUCACCCUAGCUUCUGGGCCUCACUUGGCCGCCCUGCCCUUCCGCCACCCUGCUGGUCCCCAGUUCCAUCCAGUCACUCUGCCCCUUGGACCAGCUUUCCAUCACUUCACUGCCUGUGGUAGGAGGGGAGCCCUGAUGCUGGGGAUUGCCAGUGGCUUCUCACAAGACAGGUGGCCCUGCCGAGAUUUUAGGAGGGGCAGGCGGAGCUCCGGGCUUCCCUUAACUUGCUGGGUGACUUUGGAUGCUUGUCUCUGGGCCUCAUUUUACUCCUAAGAGGGGAGCUUUCUGAGGUGGACAGGAAGGUUCGAUCAUGAGGGAUGUGGCCAUCUUGUAAGGAGGCCAGGCCUCAGGGCCCUGACUGGGAGUCUUCCGAGAGUACCUGACUGAGGGAGGGAGCAUGUCUGGGGAAGCAGGAGCAUGAGGGACAUGAGGGAGCAUGUCUGGGGAGGCAGGAGCAUGUCCUCACUGCGGGCAAAGACCUGGGGGCGAGCCCCUUGUCCAUGGGAGAAACAGAGAGAACUUGGAGGAACUGAUGGGCAUGGUGGCUGGGCCGAGCUGUACCCAGGCUGACAGACACACAGCCUGUUUCUCACAUCACGUGAGGUAAGGGAGUCUUGUAUUGAAUUCUGAGGAAUGAGGGUUAGGAGGGCACAAAAGGGCAGGCUGGACGAAGGGCCAUGCCCGCCACAAGGCCACACACAGACGUGUGUGUGAAAGGGACGUGAACGGACAGGGUAAAGAAUCCCUGUGCUGCUUAGAAAGGCUAGUUUGUCUCCAAUCAAAUCCACAGGAUGGUGAUUCCUGCCUUCUGGGGAGGGAUGCCCCAGCCUCAUCCCCUCCCCCACAGCCCUGAGGACCACCAAGACGGGCCCCCCCACCCCCUGACCCACACACGGGGUCAUUUUCCUCGUCCAUUUGACUGGGAGGGGCCAGCAGUGAGCCAUAGGAGUGAGGGGUGAUGAGGGUCCUGUUCAACUCAUCCUGCAGGCAGGUCUGGCUUUAGGGGCUGCCUGGGAAGCCACCGGAUUCUGGCCCACUUCCCAUGCUUGUCAGGGGCUAGCUCACUGGCCUGCCCCACUGGGAAUGGGGUCAGAGUAGAACCAUCCAAAGGUAGAAGUGAUGUGGGCCCUGCCAGAGGGGCCCUUGGCCUUAGCGGGGAGUGGGGGUAAAGGGAAAUGACUCUGAUCUAAGGCGAUGGUCCUGCAGUGAUUGACAGAUCCAGGUGCCCCCCCCCCCCUUUAAGCUCGACAGAUGGACACAAAUACCGAAUUAUUUAGGGAGCAAGUUCACUUUGGAUGAACUUCUAUUUCUGAGGCAGAGGCCGAGUCACGAAUCUGGGGGCUGCCCUCUCCCCCUUCUAGGAGUGGGAUGUGGCUGUUCUGAGCCUUGAAAGAUGGAUUUCUGACUCCUGGAAGGGAGAGGGGGUGCCUAACGGGAGAGAAAGAAGGGAGGCUCCUCAGGAAGUCAGGCCCCACAUACCCAGCUUAUAGCCUCCCGCCCAGGAAAUGGUCUGGGCUGGGGACCCUGUCACUCUCGUUACAAGGGACAACAGGAGGCAGCUGGCCUUUGGGGGUUCUUCUCACUGGAACUACAGCACUGAUUUUAUAUUGAACGUGAGUGGGAACUGGGACUCAUUUUACAGCCAUUUCCACCAGAACCGAUGGUCCCUGGUCCCCCGUGGGAGGCCCGGUCUCACCUUUCCCUGGCAAGCAGAGGGGUUUGCUGACACAGUGUCCGGAAUUACAGCACCCGAGACAUGUGUUCAAGACCUGGUGACUGGCCCAGGCUGAGGAGGCCAAAGCCUCCCUCUGUGAGAGAGGGGUUUUGUCGUGCGCACCGUCCAUGUGGACAGGGCAUCAGGAAUGUUCUCAAAGCACGUUACCAUUCCUUCACACAGUAUUCAUCACGUGGUAUGCACAGGGCAAGGGGCUUGACUCCUGUGCAGAUGCUUCAGUGUCUUAAUCAUAGAUCAGUUUUCUCUUUGUUCCAACGGGCACCACCUG